AUGUCGAAGCAGGUUGGCCUUUUUGAGAAGCUGGCAAAUGCUGCUGGUCACAUUUAUCGAUAUCAACUUACUCAGCUUCCUCGACGAAAAGCGAUGUGGAGAGAUUGCUGGCAUAAGGAAUUGAAACCACCAUCCCUGGAAGAUUGGCCAGCUAUCAAAAAGGAUUUUGAACAAAUGAUGGAUACUAUCACUAGUAGAUCAUACACCCAUUGGACUGUUAUGGAUACUCUGGUACGAACUUGCGUUGCAGUUGAAAUACUUUGUUGGUUUUUUGUUGGUGAAGCUAUAGGGCGUGGUUCAUUUGCUGGCUAUAUUGUACCGGCCACUUAUGUCGACAAAAAGCGAGCAAAAUUAGCAAAAGAACUUAAGAAUAAUUCUCAAAAUAUUUCAGAAACGCACUGA